AUGUUUCCACAGGAAAAACACGUUAACAUGGUUCACAUUGAAUCCAGGAGAUCCCGGAGAAGAAGUUCUGAGGUUGAAAUCUUCGUGGAUUGUGAGUGUGGCAAAACAGAAUUUAAUGAGCUCAUUCAGUUGCUGAAAUUUCAAGCCACCAUUGUCACACUGAGCCCUCCAGAGAACAUUUGGACAGAGGAAGAAGAGCUGGAGGACGUGCCUUGGUUCCCCCGGAAGAUCUCUGAGCUGGACAAAUGCUCUCAGAGAGUUCUCAUGUAUGGCACUGAGCUUGAUGCUGACCACCCAGGAUUUAAGGACAGUAUCUAUCGACAGAGGAGGAAGUAUUUUGUGGAUGUGGCCAUGAGCUAUAAAUACGGUCAGCCCAUUCCCAGGGUGGAGUACACGGAAGAAGAAACAAAAACUUGGGGCGUUGUAUUCCGAGAGCUCUCCAAACUCUACCCCACUCAUGCUUGCAGAGAGUAUUUGAAAAACUUGCCCCUGCUGAUGAAAUACUGCGGCUACAGGGAGGACAAUGUGCCUCAGCUUGAAGACGUGGCUGUGUUCCUGAAAGAACGCUCUGGCUUCACAGUGAGGCCCGUCGCUGGCUACCUGAGCCCGAGGGACUUUCUGGCAGGACUGGCCUACCGAGUGUUCCACUGCACACAGUACAUCCGGCAUGGCUCGGACCCCCUCUACACCCCAGAACCAGACACAUGCCACGAACUCCUGGGACACGUGCCACUCCUUGCGGAUCCCAAGUUUGCUCAGUUCUCACAGGAGAUAGGUCUGGCAUCUCUGGGGGCAUCAGAUGAAGAUGUUCAGAAGCUUGCCACGUGCUAUUUCUUCACAAUCGAGUUUGGCCUUUGUAAGCAAGAAGGGCAGCUACGGGCCUAUGGAGCAGGACUCCUUUCUUCCAUUGGAGAAUUAAAGCAUGCACUUUCUGACAAAGCAUGUGUGAAAGCCUUUGACCCGAAGACAACCUGCUUACAGGAAUGUCUUAUCACCACCUUCCAGGAAGCCUACUUUGUUUCAGAAAGUUUUGAAGAAGCCAAAGAAAAGAUGAGAGAUUUUGCGAAGUCAAUCACCCGUCCCUUCUCAGUCUACUUCAAUCCCUACACACAGAGCAUUGAAAUCUUGAAAGACACCAGAAGUAUUGAAAACGUGGUGCAGGACCUCCGUAGUGAUCUGAACACAGUGUGUGAUGCCUUAAACAAAAUGAACCAGUAUCUGGGGAUUUGAUGCCUGGAACCAGCAUUGUUGCCUGUGUGGUCUUUUGGGGCUCAGCAGCACUUUCACCAAUGUGAUGUGACACCAGUAACUUUCUGUGUCAUGGCUUGGCUAGUAAGCAUGCACCUCUGUAUAUCUGUACCUACUUGUGACUUUCUGUGUUAAUGUAUGGAAUGCCAUUAGGAAACCAAGGGCAGAUAAUUCCUCAUUGUUUGAAAGAUUAUAAUACGUUUAAAUGUUUAAGCCUAUUUGACAUUGCUGCUUAGUGUCCUUACUUGAACUGUUUUCUUAAAAUUUGUAACAAGUAGCAUGCUUAUGAUUCAAGCCUGUGACCUUUUGUUCUUCGGAACUUAGCUUUUCCUUUGUGUCUGUUAGAUAAAAUGAAAACGCAGGGCAGCAGUUUCUAGUUUCAAUAGUGCCAGUAUUUUCACCACAUGAUUUGAGAUAGAGCCAGAGUUGUAGGAUACUUUCUAUCACAAUAGUAAUUGAUUCAGUAUUCUAAUUCAAAAACUUGAGGCAACAGUAUUAGGUAUGCUCUUGGAUGAGUAUUUAUACAAUGCAAGAGAAAAUUUUCUGAACAUUUUACAAACAGGGUAGGUAGGUUGCAUUGACCUUGUGAAAAAUGAGCUGUGGUGAGCUUCUUCAAGUCCUUUGGAAGCCAAUACUUGU